CUGGCAUUAUGGACUGAGUGAAAACACCACCAACUCGGCCCGAAAAGACUCUCUUUAUCUCCCGGCCGAGAGACCGAUCAUGUCUUCCUCCCUACCUCCCUCUUCAUCUCCUCAACCACUUCCCAAAACCGCUUUAUCACCCUCCAAAACCGCCAAUUCCUUCCUUCAACAACCCACCACCCUCUCAGAAAUCAAACAGCUCCACGCCCAUCUCAUCAAAACCGGCCUCUCCCAAAACCACACUGCCCAAAACCGCCUCCUCUCUUCCUGCCUCCAAAACCGGCAUUCCUCAACCCUCGAGUAUGCCCUCCUCCUCUUCUCCCAAUCCUCAAACCCAACCCCUUUCAUCCGCAACAACCUUAUCAAAUCCUUCGCCGAGAGCCAAACGCCGCAAAUCGCAAUCUCCUUUUAUUCUACCACCCACGAAUCCGAUUUUCUUCCCAACGAUUACACCUUCCCCGCGCUUCUCAAGGCCUGCUCUCGCCUUCUCGGUGUUGAAGAAGGCAAGCAGAUCCAUGCUCAUGUGGUCAAAACCGGAUACGAAUCUGAAAUUCAUGCCUGCAAUACUCUCAUCCAUUUUUAUUCCGUCUGUGGGCUGUUGGAUGAUGCACGCCUGGUGUUUGAUAAAAUGCCCGAACGAGAGACCGUAUCUUGGAAUGCGAUGAUAACUGGGUAUUUUCAAAAUGGGUUCUCUGUGGAGGCUUUGAGUUUAUUUAGGGAGAUGCAGGUUGGAGGUUUGAGUCCGGAUGGGGUGACGAUGGUUGGCGUCCUUUCGGCAUGCGCACAUGCGGGUGCGCUCGAGCUGGGGAAGUGGGUCCAUGCGUAUGUUGAGAAGAAUGGGCUAGAUGGCAGGAUUAGUGUCAAGACCGCUCUUGUGGAUAUGUACUCCAAAUGCGGGUGUGUAGAGAGGGCACUGGAAGUGUUCGAGGAAAUACCCGAUAGGAACCUUGUGUGUUGGACUGCUAUGAUUAAUGGGUUGGCGGUUAAUGGGUAUGGAAGGAAGGCAGUCGAGUUCUUUGAUCGGAUGGUGCGAGCAAAUGUCUGGCCGGAUGCGAUAUCUAUAAUUAGCGUCCUCUCUGCUUGUAGUCACAAUGGGCUAUUGGAAGAAGGGCGGCAAUUGUUUAGUGAUCUCAGGAGACGAUAUGGGGUUACCCCUCAGAUGGAGCAUUAUGGGUGCAUGGUUGAUCUUCUGGGUCGGUCUGGACAUCUUGAUGAGGCCUAUGAACUGAUCAAGAACAUGCCAUUUGUGCCUAAUGCAGUCAUGUGGAGGACCUUGCUCGGGGCAUGCAAGGUUUAUAAGAAUGUGGAGAUGGGCGAGAAGGUAUUGAAGAAGAUACUUGAACUGGAGCCCCACCAUCAUGGGGACUAUGUGCUCCUAUCGAAUAUAUAUGCAGCCGUAGGGAGAUGGGAGGACGUUGCCGAUGUGAGGAGGACAAUGAAGAAGAAGAAGAUUGCAAAGAUACCAGGAUGCAGUAUGAUCGAAGUAGACAAUCGGAUACACUCGUUUAUUGUGGAAGACAAGUCACAUUGGCAUUCUGAGGAGAUACAUAGAAUGCUAGGUCAGAUGGCCCAUAAGCUAAAAUUGGCCGGCCAUGUCCCGGACACCUCAAAAGUAUUAAUUGAUGUGGACGAGGAGGAGAAGGAGAAUGCACUUGGGCAUCACAGUGAGAAAGUGGCGAUUGCAUUCGGGCUUAUCAAGACGGCACCUGGGAGCCCUUUACGCGUGGUGAAAAAUCUUCGUGUGUGUGAUGAUUGCCACUCUGCGAUAAAGCUAGUUUCGAAGAUCUAUGAGCGAGAGAUCACCGUAAGAGAUCGAAAUCGCUUCCAUCACUUUAGGGAAGGAUCCUGUUCCUGUGGUGAUUACUGGUGAUUGAUAGAAUUUAGUGAAUCAUUCAGAAACCAAAUCGUUGGUUGGUACAUAAAUCACAAUAACAAGGUGACUUCACCAUCAUUUCAUGAGUAAGCUCUCUCUUCCUUACUCUUGUGAGCAUAAAAUGAAUCGAUGGCUCCUUUCAAAUAGAGAACCUUUCUCUGUUACAAAUACGGCUGUAAAUAGGGUCUUGGGAAUCCAUUCUACGGAUAGAUUGUUUGGAUCAUAUGGUCUUGUAUAGGCUAUCUAAGUUAUGCUAUCUUGUGUAAGUUCUUAGAUUAUGCUGUCUUGGACUGGCUAUUAUGUUUUCUAUUAGUGAAACAUGUAGAACAUGGAGUGAGAAUAGACUAUCACAAAUGGGGCAUGUGUGGAGAGCUUAAGAUGGAGGGUGGCCAAAGUAGCAGUUAUGUUGUA